UGGGAGAGAUCGAGACGGACGGAGACUAGCGGUCAGCCACUCCGCCGUCUUCCUCCACUGAAGCGAGUGGCUCCUCCCGCCUUCGAAGCCUCACGAUUGGUCUCCUGGCUGCGCCACCUGGAGUGGAGGCUACGUUGGUGAGCGCCGGCGGCCGGCGACAUCCCGGAGAGGAUGGCCGACAUCGUCCUUCCGCUUACAGAGUUCUAGUGGUAAGACUUAACUAGACCUCGUGGAAGUGGAGCUACGAGGUAUGCCGUAUGCUAGCGUUUUCCAGUUCUAUGCAUUGCUUCUAGUUAGUGGAUUAUGUUGCCGUACGUCUUAACGUAAUUUUGCUGUCUUGUUUUUUAAGAGCUUCUCCCUUUCGAUGAAGUUCCUAUCAUUCAUGGAUCUGCCUUGUCAUCCAUGGAUGGCUAUGGUUAUCUUCCCGCUCCUCCUGCCUCUCACCGAUGCCCAAACGUGGCCAUCCUAUUCCUGCGGCAACAACGGCGACUACAAAUCAAAUAGCACCUACGAAGCCAACCUCAUGCUCCUCUCAUCCUUCCUCCCGAACAAGGCGGCAUCCAGCAGCACCCUCUUCGCCACUGACACCGUUGGCAACGCUCCGGACAUCGUGUACGCCCUCACGCUCUGCCGUGGGGACUCCAACGCCUCCGCCUGCCGGAGCUGCGUGGCUAACGCCUUUCAGGACCUCCAGCAAAUGUGCUCAUACAGUAGGGAUGCCGUAGUGUACUAUGAUCCCUGCAUGCUCAAGUUCUCCAACAAGAAUUUUCUCGCCACCACCACCACCACCGUCAAUGAAUUACCCAUCGUCAUGAACCCUAACAACUUAAUGACAAACGCCGACAUCACCCAGCGAUUAUUGUUCACGCUUAUCAACAGAACAGCUCAAUCGGCCGCCAAUAGCUCGAGGAGAUUCACCACCUCGCGCUUAGAUGUCGGCUCCUCCCCGGUUCUUUACUGUCUCAUGCAAUGCACGCCCGAUCUGACAGCCGCAGACUGCACGACCUGUUUCCAUGUUGUCUCGAGUUGUACACUCCAGUACCUGGCCGGAAGGCAAGGUGGCCGAGUUCUGUGGACACGGUGUAACAUGAGGUAUGAGAUGUACCCAUUCUUCCCAGGGGACCCUACGCUGCGAAUUACCAACUUGGCCCAUGAUGUUCCGGUGAUCAACAACACUACGACACCAGCUACCGUGCAGCCACAAUCGCAGCCACCAGCUGCAGCGCCAUCCCCCGAGGGAAAACCGACCGUCCAAGAACACAACAGACACAAAUCACGCAAGAGGACACUGUCGAUUAUUAUUCCUGUGGUGGCUACGCUGCUGUCAGUACUUAUGUGCUUUAUCUGUUUCAUUGUAUGGAAGAGAAGAAAAGGUAAGGUAAACAUAAACAAUCAAGCUGCCAUGAAUAGGCCGGAAGAAUAUGCACUGGUUUGGAGAUUGGAGGAGAGGAGUUCAGAGUUCACACUCUUUGACUUUCCUGAGAUACUGCAAGCUACACAUGACUUUUCCAAAGAAAAUCUACUUGGGAAAGGUGGUUUUGGCCCUGUCUACAAGGGCCAAUUACCAGAUGGAAUUGAGAUUGCUGUUAAAAGGCUUGCCUCACAAUCAGGACAGGGUUUCACAGAAUUCAAGAAUGAAGUUGAACUUAUUGCAAAACUACAGCACAAUAAUCUGGUAAAGCUCUUGGGAUGUUGCAUUCAGGGAGAGGAAAAAGUAUUGGUGUAUGAGUAUUUGCCAAAUAAGAGCUUGGACUUCUUUAUAUUUGAUGAAAACAGAACAACUUUGGUUGAUUGGGAAAAAAGACGUGUCAUAAUUGAAGGGAUAGCCCAAGGUCUUCUAUAUCUUCACAAACACUCUCGAUUGCGCAUCAUACACAGAGAUCUCAAGGCCAGCAACAUUCUCUUAGACCAGGACAUGAAUCCUAAAAUUUCUGAUUUUGGUCUAGCAAAAAUUUUCAGCUCCAAUGACACUCAGGGAAGCACAAAGAGGAUAGUGGGAACAUAUGGUUAUAUGUCUCCCGAGUAUGCAUCUGAAGGCAUUUACUCAAUCAAAUCCGACGUGUUCAGCUUUGGUGUGUUGCUUCUUGAGAUCCUCAGUGGAAAAAGGAAUUCUCGUUUCCAUCAUUGCGAAGACUUUCUUAACCUUCUUGGAUAUUCAUGGCAUCUCUGGGAAGGAGGAAGGUGGCUUGAGCUUCUAGAACUAUCAAUUGUUACGGAGAUCCAUACAACAGAGGCUAGGAGGUAUAUUAACAUUGCACUAAUGUGCGUACAAGAGAGUGCAGAUGAUCGACCCACCAUGUCAGAUGUUGUUGCAAUGUUAAACAGCGAGAGUGUUAUUAUUCCAGAGCCUAAUCCUCCUGCAUAUGUCAACGUAAGAGUAUCUACGGUACACCAAUCAGCUGGUGUUGUUGUUCCAUGCAGUAAUAAUGAUGUAACCAUCACCGAAGAGCCUGAUGGGAGAUAGUUGAUAACUUCGUAUCAGUUGGUACAUCUGAGUUGUACACUGAUCCACACCAAACUCUAGAUGUUAUCGCUACAUUAUCUGCUGAAGACUUAAUUUCAUCCCUA